AGCUCCUAGAAGACGCUGUGUGUUGGAUUGAUAUUGGUGGAAGGAGUGAAGAUCUUUCAGGAGGUGAAAAAGGCAUCAUCUGAGGAGGGAAGGAAGUGGGAGCAGAGGUUGCCAUCAUGGGUACACCUCUAAGGAGGAAACCCCCAGCUUCAGAGAUGGCCGAAGCCGAACUUCAUAAAGAGAGGCUCCAAGCUCUUGCAGAAAAAAGAAAAAGACAAGCAGAGAUUGAAGACAAAAGAAGACAGUUGGAAGACCUCAUAUUGCAGCUACAGCACCUCAAGUCUAAAGCAAUGAGGGAACGAUGGCUCCUCCAGGGGGCUCCAGCAGGGACACAGGAGGAAGAGGAGGUGCGUAGGAGGCAGGCGGAGGAGGACGAAAUGCAGGUGAAGAAGCUGGAGGACUCCAUUCACAGAUUGGAAGGGGAGAUUGGUCUUUUGGAGAGUGAAGAAUCACAGAUUUCUGCCAAAGAACAAGUUCUCAGAGAGAGGCUGAAGGAGACGGAGAGAUCAAUUGAGGAUUUGCAGAAAAGUCUUCAACAGCAAGAUGGAGAUGCAGUGAAUUACGUCUCUACCCACAACCCCGACCUCCCAGAGCUGUACUCCCAAACAGUGGCCAAGACUUCUGGGGACGAGCAACUCCCAAGAAAAGCUGCAAUGUAUGCUGUGGAGAUAAGCGUAGAAAAAGAUAAGAAGACAGGGGGAACUAAGAUUCUUUCUGCCUCCCCUGUGAGUCCAGAGGAGGUCCACCAGCGGGGUGUGAAGGUCUAUGAUGACGGACGUAAAGUGGUGUACGAGGUACGCUCUGGGGGGUCCACCACCCUGGAGAACGGGCUCCACCCCUGGAACUCUGUAGAGGUGGAUGAACUGAUGCAGCGGGUGGGCCAGAGUCGUGGCCGGGGAGACAGCGGGGGAGUAACGGUCACCCCCGCUGGCAGCGGACCUGCGGGGACGAAGGAGCAGACCGUGCACAAGGAGGCCAAGCUGGAGAUGAUCCGCGGGCCGCAGGGCAAGGGGACAGGCGACCAACCCAAGUACGGGUACGAGGGUGAGGUGACGGAGGUGCCCGAAGCCUCGUCGGAGAAGCCCGUCACUAUGAUCUUCAUGGGCUACCACAGCGUGGACGACGAGGAGGAGACCAAGAAGCUGCUGGGGUUCGACGGAACCAUCAAGGCUGAGAUUGUACUGAUCGAUGAGGAUGACGAGAAGUCCCUCCGGGAGAAGACGGUCACUGACAUCUCCACCAUGGAUGGCAAUGCCGCUGACCUGGUCUCCGGCCGGCCUCUGUCUGACACCACCGAACUGUCCUCAGAGGGCAAGGAUGAGAGCUCGGCCAAGGAACUCCCACCUGCAGGUUCAGAGCCAGCAUGUUCAGGGCCAGUGGCUGAAGAGCUUGAAUUGGUGGCUGGUGUUCCAUCAAAGACUCCUCACACUGCAUUGAAACCCUCUAAAGUGGCGGAGGAUGACAGUGAGCUGAAGGGAGAGAAGUUCCCGAAGAGCGUCAGUUUCCUAGACUCUGUCAGCGUGAUAUCUGGAGGCAAGAGCGACAUGGACCUGGACGCUUCUUUCCCUGAGGCUCAGCCAGACGUCCAGCAUGCUUGCUACCCCACCAGCGGCCAGAACGGUAUGAAAAACAGACACGAAUCACUGGACAGUGAUGUUGCCAAGGAAAUUCGCUACCUCGACGAGGUUUUGGAGGCCAACUGCUGUGACCCUUUGGCCGACGCGACCACGAACGGAACAUCCUCCCCUGACCUGACCACAAUCAAUGUUGAUGGUACUGGGCCAUCUGUUCAGGUUUCUGGUAUGCUGUCACCACAAAGCGACGAGGUUAUUGUUGAAGGGAAGAAACAAACCACAUUCAUAGGCCAUCCGGACUCUAAUGACGGAAAACCCAACGGUCAUUCAGGGAUGGAAGACCAGGGUUUUAAGAGGCUGUCUGUGGAGCCCUCUGUGACCACCAUCAAGAAAGAGGCCCGUUUUGAGCUCCGCGCUUUUCAGGAGGACAAGAAGCCGUCAAAGCUCUUCGAGAGCAGUUCGGAGAAGGAGCCGGUCCGGAUGAAGAAGGUCCGGCAGUCCGAGGAGAUCGCGGAGCUGGAGAGGGAGCGUCGAGAGCUGAUCCGGGGUCAGGCGGUCAAGAAGAACCCCGGGAUCGCCGCCAAGUGGUGGAACCCUCCUCAGGAGAAGAUGCUGGAAGAGGAGCUGGAUCCAGAGCAGCUGGAGUCACUCAAGAGGUAUGAGGAGAGGAAGCAGAGGAAGCCUGAAACUGCCAGCAUGCCAGAGAUAUCCUCCAAACAGACAGCUGUCUCCAUUGUGCCACCAGAGCCUGGCCAGAGGGAAGAUGUUGUCAUGGAGCAGAUUGACUUUUCUGCAGCACGCAAGCAGUUCCUACAAAUGGAGCCCGCUAAGCAGCCUGGAGGUCCAAAGAGAGGCGUGGCUCCUCAGCUUUACUCCGCCAAACCCUUCUCCAGAGCCUCAGAGGUCACACACGUGGAGAAGCCAAGCAGCUCUGUGACAGUGGCCAGCAAUAGCUACAAUGCUGAGAACAACAUCGGUGAAGUGACCACCAUCAGAACUGAGAGAAUCCAUUGCAGCCCAGGGGACUCCCCCAUACCGCAGGUGACAGACAGUGUGCCAGAGAGCGUGGUAAAAGACAGCAGCAAGGCUUGGACAGAUGACGGGGACUUCACCUGCGCCCGAGCUGUGAUGACUAUUCUCAAAGAGGAGGAUUCUGACAUAUACCCUUUACAGCAAACAGUCCACAGCUCCAGUCACCCAGAGGAGAUAGACUCUGGACUAGAUGACCUGUCUCUCCGCUCUCAGGACACCACUGUGCUGGAGACCCUGUCCAACGACUUUAGCAUGGACAACGUGAGCGACAGCGGGGCCUCAAAUGAGACCAUGAAUGCCUUCCUGGAGAACUCUCUCGGAGACUACUCCUUCCCCACCACCCCGCAGGCCACCACACCCAUCAACGGAAAGAUGGACGGAGGCACCAAGUCCCCGACUGAGUACGGUGUGUGCCCGUCCUUCCGCGGGGCCUCUCUGACUGAGGAGCAGCUGGAGUACCAUGCUGGCAUCCUGGUCCAGAACGCCAUCCAGCAGGCCAUCGCCCAACAGAGCGACGAGUGGCGGUCAUUUCAGGCCCCAGAACAUCCCUCCCCCAUCCCUGAGAGGCACGUGAGGGUGGCCGAGCAGCCACCUCCCCCUUCAGAAGCAAAAGCCAAAUUCGAGCCUUCACAGGCAUCGUCCCCAGUCCACGAGUGGCGAGAGGUCACCCCGGAAAUCACCGUGCAGGCCCCUGCGGUCUCUGCAAGCAUGGCUCAGCCGCAGGCAACAGGCCGGAGCCAGUCCCCCCCGCCCAGCGAGAAGCAGGAGUUCAGCUACUUCAGCAAGUACUCGGAGGCAGCUGAGCUCCGGAGCACGGCCUCUGUGAACCGGGCUCAGGAGAUGGAGGUCAGCUCAGGACCCUUCAGGCUACGCUCCCGCAAGCAGAGGACCCUGUCUAUGAUCGAGGAGGAGAUCCGGGCGGCUCAGGAGCGAGAAGAGGAGCUGAAAAGGCAGCGGCAAACACAGGCCAUGCAGGUGAACACCAGCCACAAGUCAAAGACCAACAGCCUGCCUGCCAGACAGUCUGUCACAGGGAAGACAGUGCCAGGCAAGAUUGAGAAGAUUCGCACUGUCCCUGUCACCUCCCCCGCCUCAGAGGGUCCCCUGCCCUCACCCCUCUCAGAUACGGGCAGUGAUGACUCAGGGGCCAGUCAACGUCCCAAAAAUUUCAUGCAGACCCUGAUGGAAGAUUACGAGACACACAAAGUGAAGCGUCGGGAGAAGAUUGAGGACAACAGAUAUGCCCGUUUAUUGCUCUCUAGUGAUGUUACUUCCGAGGUGCUGGAAGCGACACGAGUGACCCGCCGAAAAAGCAACAUGGCCCUGAGGUGGGAGGCGGGGAUAUACGCCAACCAAGAUGAAGAGGAGGAAGAGGAGUAGGCCAUCUCCCGCUUUCUCCUGUGACAAUCAGGAAGACGGAGGGUUGAGGAACCCCAAUCAGGACAACUCUGACCCCCCUACCCCCCUACCCC